CACCCUCUCUUCUCCUGCUCCUUUCUUUCCAAAUCCCUGUCUUUAGUUCUGGUUUUCUUUGCCUUCAUGGAUUGUUGGUAUUCUUCCCUUGACGUCGACAAUGAAUUUGAGAAGCUUCUCUUUCGAAUGAACCCUCCAAGGGUCACUGUUGAUAAUGCUUCAAGCUCCAAAGCAACUUUGAUUAAGGUGGACAGUGCCAAUAAGCAUGGGAGCUUGUUAGAGGUUGUGCAGGCUCUGGCUGAUUUGGGUUUGACCAUCAAUAGAGCUUACAUUUCUUCAGACGGUGAAUGGUUUAUGGAUGUAUUUCAUGUCGUAGACCAAUUUGGAAAUAAGCUGUCAGAUGGUGAUGUUAUUAACCGCAUUGAACAGUCAUUGGGACCAAGAGCACGGAGCUUCCGGUCCUUGAGAAGGUCUGUGGGUGUCCAGGCUGCUAUGGAACACACAACUAUUGAAUUGACUGGAAGAGACCGACCGGGCUUGCUAUCAGAGAUCUUUGCCGUUCUUGCUGAUCUUAAAUGCAAUGUUGUGGCUUCUGAAGUCUGGACCCACAAUUCACGGAUGGCAUCUGUUGUCUACAUCACUGAUGAAGCUACUGGGUCACCAAUCGAUAAUCCGGACCGUCUUGCUAAGAUCAAACAACUUCUCCUUUAUGUGCUCAAGGGUGAUAGAGAUAAGCGUAGUGCCAAUACAGUUGUUUCUGUGGGUGGAACUCACACUGAAAGGAGGCUUCAUCAGAUGAUGUAUGCCGAUCGUGAUUACGACAAGGAUGAAGACAAGCCCACCAACACCUGUGAGCAGAGUAAACCCUUAGUGACGGUGGAGAAUUGUGAAGAGAAGGGGUACACAGUUGUGAAUUUGAGGUGCAUGGACCGGCCUAAGCUCCUCUUUGAUGCUGUGUGCACUUUAACAGAUAUGCAGUAUGUAGUCUUCCAUGCUACUGUCAUUGCAGAAGGACCAGAGGCAUAUCAGGAAUAUUUUAUCAGGCAUAAGGACGGGUGUCCUGUCAACUCAGAAGCAGAGAGGCAACGGCUAAUCCAUUGCUUGGAGGCAGCUAUUCGAAGGCGAACGUCUGAGGGACUAAGGCUCGAACUCUGCAGUGAAGACCGGGUUGGACUUCUAUCUGAUGUAACCCGCAUAUUUAGGGAAAAUGGGCUUUCAGUGACUAGGGCAGAGGUCACAACCAGGGGAUCCCAAGCUGUGAAUGUGUUCUAUGUGACAGAUGCAUCUGGGUAUCAGGUCAAGAGUGAAACCAUUGAGGCAGUUAGGAGCGAGAUUGGCCAGACGAUACUCCGUGUGGAAAAUGAUGUAUAUUCAAAAUCUCCUCCACAGGGAAGUGCAAGGUUUUCCCUCGGUACUCUCUUCCGAACCAGAUCAGAGAAAUUCCUUUAUAGCCUGGGUUUAAUAAAAUCAUGCUCAUAGAAGCAUUUUCAGGUCAACCAGGCACUGUCAUCCAAUGUGUAUGUAGAUCAGAGUAUUGGUGGAGUAAGAGCCUGACCAAGCAGGUUCUUCUUCAACAACAUUAGCACUUGGCAGUGAGAUUCAACUUGUCGACAUCUCCUUGUAAAUUUACCUGUACCAUAUGCUGCCUUUGUUACCUUCUGCAAAAUGUAAAGGAUAUCUUAGGUUCUUAUGAAUGAAACUAGAAUUUG